AUGAACUACCCCUUUACCCUGGACUUAGACCUCAUGAACUACAUGGAAGACAUGUACAAGGAAUUCAGCAACUACAGUGACAGCACGGUGUCCCCGAUGGAAAACUAUUUCUGCUCCACAGCUGAGGGCCCCCUACUGGCCUCCUUCAAGGCCACAUUCAUGCCCGUGGCUUAUGGCCUCAUCUUCCUCCUGGGCAUGAUGGGCAACAUCUUGGUGCUAGUGAUCCUGGAGCGUCACCGGCAGACACGCAGCUCCACAGAGACCUUCCUGUUCCACCUGGCAGUGGCCGACCUGAUACUAGUCUUCAUCCUGCCCUUUGCUGUGGCCGAGGGCUCUGUGGGCUGGGUCCUGGGCACCUUCCUCUGCAAAACUGUGAUAGCUCUGCACAAGGUCAACUUCUACUGCAGCAGCCUGCUCCUGGCCUGCAUUGCCGUGGACCGAUACCUGGCCAUUGUCCACGCUGUCCAUGCCUACCGCCACCGCCGCCUCCUCUCCAUCCACAUCACCUGUGCCACCAUCUGGCUGGCGGGCUUCCUCUUCGCCUUGCCAGAGCUUCUCUUUGCCAAGGUCAGCCAAGACCAUCACAACAACUCCCUGCCACGCUGCAUCUUCUCCCAAGAGAACCAAGCAGAAAGCAAUGCCUGGUUCAUUUCCCGCUUCCUCUACCAUAUUGGUGGGUUCCUGCUGCCAAUGAUGGUGAUGGGCUGGUGUUACGUGGGGGUGGUGCACAGGUUGUGCCAGGCCCAGCGGCGCCCUCAGCGGCAGAAGGCAGUCAGGGUGGCCAUUCUGGUGACUAGUGUCUUCUUUCUCUGCUGGUCUCCCUAUCACAUCAUCAUCUUCUUGGACACCUUGGUGAGGCUGAAGGCCAUGGGCACUAAGUGUGAACUGAACAGCUAUCUCUCUGUGGCCAUCACAAUGAGUGAGUUCCUGGGCCUGGCCCACUGCUGCCUCAACCCUGUGCUCUACACUUUCGCUGGCGUGAAGUUCCGUAGUGACCUGUCUCGGCUUCUCACCAAGUUGGGCUGUGCCGGCCCUGCCUCCCUUUGCCAGCUCUUCCCAAGUUGGCGCAAGAGCAGUCUCUCUGAGUCAGAAAAUGCCACCUCCCUUACCACCUUCUAG